CAGCCUGGGGCAAAGAGCGGAGGGAGCCCCAUCCGAGAGGUACCUUGGAUGCCGGUUUGGUGGGACAUGGCGCUGAACAGCCGCCGCCUCUGGGAUUCGCAACUUCGGGGGGAGGAGGAACAAGCAUCCAGGAGGCCAUGGCCCUGAUGAGCCUGCAAGACCUGAGCAGCGUUGAGCCUGGGAAGGGGACUUGGAGGUCUCCCAUUCGUGGAGCCGCCGAAAAUCGAAGUCUGUUGACACAAACAAGGAUUGCAGCCAUCCUCCCCUUGCUUCUCCUCCGAGGCCUGGCCAAGGAAGCAGGCGGGCGGGAGACGGGGAGCAGGAGCCAGCCACCCUCUGCUGCUGUGUCCGCCUGCGGGAGCCGGGAUUCCAGUCGGAACCGGCCUCCUUGUCGCAGCCCGGUCUGUCUACUCGCUUGCCUCUGCCGCUUCGAGAAGAGACCCUGGUCUACUCGCCGCUUUGGGAAGCAAGCGAGGGAAGCCCUUGGGAGGCCGGAGGGAGGCGCGCAGCUGCGGGUAUUUAUAGCCGGCGAGCGGACACGCAGACGCCCCCCGGACCCGAAGAAGAGCCACAACCUAUUAGAAAGCAACGUGGGGCUGGCGUGUGACAGGAUGGGCAAAGACUUCCGCUACUACUUCCAGCACCCCUGGUCUCGCUUGAUUGUGGCCUACCUGGUGAUCUUCUUUAACUUUUUAAUAUUUGCCGAAGAUCCAGUAUCGCACAGCCAGACGGAAGCAAAUGUCAUUGUUGUUGGGAACUGCUUUUCUUUUGUAUCAAAUAAAUAUCCCGAGGGAGGAGGCUGGAGGUUUGUGAAAGUAUUUCUGUGGCUACUUGCCAUCCUCACAGGACUGAUUGCUGGCAAGUUCCUCUUCCAUCAGCGUUUAUUUGGUCAAUUGCUGCGACUGAAAAUGUUUAGAGAGGAUCACGGGUCUUGGAUGACAAUGUUCUUCAGCACCAUCCUCUUCCUCUUCUUUUUUUCUCACAUAUACAAUCUGUGCCUCCUUAUCGCUGGGAACAUGAGGGCAUACAUUGUAACAGAUUUCAUGGGCAUCAGGAAUGAAAGUUUUAUGAAGGUAGCAGCAGUGGGGACUUGGAUGGGAGACUUUGUCACAGCUUGGAUGGUCACAGAUAUGAUGCUUCAGGACAAGCCCUAUCCUGAUUGGGGGAAAUCUGCUAGAGCUUUCUGGAAAAGGGGGAACACGAGGAUCAUUUUAUUCUGGACUGUUCUGUUUACUUUGACCUCGGUGGUUGUUCUUGUCAUCACAACUGACUGGAUCAGCUGGGACAAGCUGAAUCGUGGAUUCCUGCCAAGCGAUGAGGUUUCCAGAGCCUUUCUGGCUUCCUUCAUCUUAGUGUUUGACCUUCUUAUUGUCAUGCAGGACUGGGAAUUUCCACACUUUAUGGGUGAUGUUGAUGUAAAUCUUCCAGGCUUGCCAGCUGCACACUUUCAAUUUAGAUUGCCCUAUUUCAAAAGGAUUUUUAAGGAAGAGUAUCACAUACACAUAACAGGCAAAUGGUUUAACUAUGGAAUCAUAUUUCUUGUUUUAAUCUUGGAUUUAAACAUGUGGAAAAAUCAAAUAUUUUACAAGCCACAUGAAUAUGGACAAUAUAUUGGUCCUGGGCAGAAGAUCUACACUGUGGAAGAUUCAGAAAGUUUAAAGGACCUCAACAGAACCAAACUUUCCUGGGAAUGGCGAUCCAACAAUACUAACCCUUUGACCAACAGGACCUAUGCUGAAGGAGACAUGUUUCUACAUAGUCGAUAUACUGGUGCAAGUCUAGACGUUAAAUGCUUGGCCUUCAUUCCAUCUUUAUUAGCUUUUGCUUUGUUUGGCUUUUUCAUCUGGUUCUUUGGACGGUUUCAGAAAACUGAUCAAGGCAUGGAAAAUCUUGACAAGUCAUACACCCGCAUGAAAAGGAAGUCACCCUCAGACGUGGGAAUGACACGAGAGAAUACACAGGUUUUAGCAGAAGAGCCAUUAAGCCUAGAAGAUCCACAUUUGAUAUCUAUCAAGUCAGACUUGAGUGAGAUUGUCUUUAACUCUUCCCUCCUAACAUCUGAAAAUCUUCAUGCACAUUUAAAUGAACAACCGAGCCCACUGCAACCAAGAAGGGAGAGCUCUGUACCUAAGAAUAAUCCAUUAACCUAAUGACACCCCACUUGGAAGGAAUGAAAAAUGAAAUUAUUGUGAGAUUUCAUUGUUGCUUUUGUUUGGUGAGUGACAGUUUACAUAGUCUUUAGAACAGGAAAGAGACACAACCUAUACCACAACGGUGCUCAACAUGCUUUUUUCUAUGACUUUGUUUUCUAUUUAUAUUAUAAUGACUUGUGCCUAUUGUAUUAUAUCAAACAUUCCUUUAUAGAGUGCUUCUAUAAAAACUUGCAAUAGUGUACUAGUUGAGUACUUGCAACAGGUAUAAAAUGUGACUUUGGUUGUGCCUUGGAACAUGAGAUCACCUAACUAUAGAAGCAGUAAAAAGAUGUCCCAGAACCGGAAAAGGUGUUUUUAUAUUUCAGCUCACAGAAUCCCCAAGCCGACUUGGCUAGAAACCAGUAUUAGUUGUGGAUUUUGAGAGUUGUAGUCCAAUAAUAACUUUACGUAACUUUGAACAGACCUUCUCUAGGAGAUUUUCUUUUCAACAGAAUGAUUUAGAAUGUGGCAAGAGCAUGUUUGGUUUGCUGGUUGAACAAAAUAAAUAUAAUCUCAGAUCCUUUUUUGUCACCUUUUUGAGAGUCUGGAUAAUAGACACUGUGCAGUGGCACAAUUGACUCUUUUUUGAGGAGUGAGAGGAUGGAAAACUAUGGAGCAUCAGGUACAUCAUACAUGGAUUGAUUUAGAAAUUCAUUCGUUAGAUGUGGUAUUUCCAUAAGAAUUAUGUUAAUGGCCAGUGUGUCUGUGAAAGGUGUUUGGUAAGCACUGGCGGAGACAGACUGACUUUAAUUUACUGAUCUACACUUUGACAGCUGGACUUCAAAGAAGCAUGUUGAUUACAUUUUAAUUUUGCUGGCUAGUUUCCAGACACAAAUCCAAAUUCAUAAUGCAGUAACAUCAGAGUGAUAAUGCAGCAUGGGUCACUGGUUAGGAACAUGUGACUUUCUCCUCAAGUAAUUGCAAUUAGGUGAUAAUGCCUAAUUAUGUUUUUCAUAAUUAGAGAUAAAUUGCUACCAGAUUAAAAAUCCUGCCCUUCACCUUUUUAGGAGCAAAAGGUUAAAAUGCAGUGCUGGUGGAGCAGUCAAACUUUUCAGCUGAAGCCUAGGCAAUGCCAAAGAAGCAAUAAUGGGAAUGCACUUCAGAUUAAAGUCCACCAUCUUCAGUGUUUAUGAUGUGAAUGGUGGAUGAGGUACUUCUGCAUAAGACUUGUACAAUGUCAUUGAGCGAAUAGACUCUGGGCACAGGUUAUAAUGAGGGGAGUGAGUGCAUGAAAUAGAAUAGCAAACCAUGUGCUGUUUUCUUACAUUGAGGAAUUAACACUGUGUCCACUAAUUAAAAAAAAAUGAAAAAUGGAAUCAAAAAGUGGUUGCAUUUGUUUUCUUCUUAUCUUGGGAUAUAGCUUGGUCAGCUGCUUUUUGAAAAUGAGUUGCUUCCUGUACUUCCCAAGCAAUCAGAUGCCUCAAAUGAAUAUUUAGGACAGAGGUUCCCAAACCUAUUUGGUCUACUGCCCCCUUUCAGAAAAAAAAAUUCAGUGCACCCCCCCCCAAAAAAAAUAUUUUCUUUAAACAAACGAACCGAGAGAUGCCGUGACAAGUUUACAUUCUUUUACGUAGCCAUAUUUCUACCUACAUUCUACAACAUGAUAAAGAAAUAAGUUGUUUUAAAUAAGACACUUGAAAGCUUGAAAUUAUACAAUUAUUUAUUAAAAUCAACCAUAGCAGCAUUUGCAUUUCAUUCAGAAAAUUAAGACAAUAAAGAAUAAUAAAAGGUAAAGGUUUUCCCUUGACAUUAAGUCUAGUCGUGUCGGACUCCGUCGGGUGGUGCUCACCUACAUUUCUAAGCUGAAGAGGCAUUAUUGUCCAUAGACACCUCCAAUGUCAUGUGACUGGCAUGACUGCAUGGAGCGCUGUUGCCUUCCCAACGGAGCAGUAUCUAUUGAUCUACUCAGAUUUGCAUAUUUUUGAACUGCUAGGUUGGCAGAAGCUGGGGCCAACAGUGGGAGCUCACCCCACUCCCUGGAUUCGAACCAUUGAUCUUUUGGUCAGCAAGUUCAGUAAUCAGCAGUUUAAUCCGCUGCGCCACCAGGGGCUCCAUAAACAAUAAUAUUAAAAAUUGCAAAUAUCAUUAGAAAUAACCCUAAAUGAGAAGGAUGAACCUAGUGCACUGCUAUCAAUUUAUUAAUAUUCAGCCCUGUUUUUGUCAGAAGCAUGAAUUAACAUUUUACAAAAGGUAGCACUAUUAUUAACCACUUAUCUCACAAUUCAGAAAUGAUCUAAAUUAGAUUUCAUACAUGUUGUCAAGUUAUAGUAUUGUAUUGUAAACGAAUCUUUACAUAUUCCUGCCAAUGCAUGCUGGAUUUCCUGACAGUGUGCGACACACUCACCUGCCAACACUUGCUUUUUAAGACUUGUUGGCAGACUUGGCUACUGAUGGAUUAUAACUUGCAUUUUGUGUGUUCAUUUAGAAAAUAAAGUAAUCCCUAUGA